AUGAAGUUAAGUGAAGAAAAAACAACUCUUCGCAAUACGUGCGUCGUCGUCGUUAAAUAUGGACGAAGCUUCGAAUCAAAAGUGCAUUUGGAUAGGCUCGGGUUCAUGGUGAGCGACGACGAGAGCGUCUCUAUUCCAGUACCAUCGAAUGAUGAUGAUGAUGAUGAUGGUGACGGUGAUGCACUAGUCUUUGAAGUGUGGUCCGAAAAUCUCCUCGUAGGUAUCGGUAAAACGACUCGACUACAGAAGGAAACCGUAGUUAAGAUUAGAAAUCCCCUUAGCAAGAAGGAUACCACGGUCGCAAUACUCGCGAUCGUUGUAGUUUAG